UUUUUAAAAAUUGUUUGGACGAUUUGUAUACUUUGUUGUUUAACUUUUCUUUAUUUUUCCUUAUUAGAUAGGACUUCUAAUCUCAAAUUUACUUUAAUGUCAAAGAGAAAAAUCAACGACGAUACAGAACUACAAAAAACAGAAGAAGAAUCCUCAUCACAACCUUCAGCAAAAAUUGCGCCAAUAUUUCUCAACGCUUCUGCUCAAAAAAUUCAUGGAACAUGGCGCGUUUUGACUGAUCAAUUAAUGAUUUACACACCUCAAGGAAUUUUGCACCGAUCAAAAAUUGCUGGUUUUGAUAUGGAUGGCACUUUAAUUAAAACAAAAUCUGGACGUGUUUUCCCUCUAAAUAAUGAUGACUGGCAAUUUUGGUCAAGAGGUACUAUUGGAAAAUUGAGGAGAUGUCAUGAAGAGGGGUUUAAAUUGUGUAUAUUUACAAAUCAAAUGGGAAUCCAGGCUUGUGAUUUUCUAAUAUUCAGGGGUUAG